AAAGCGAGGGGAGCCGUGAAGGGCGCCAGCUGGGGGGCGCGCUGCCGGCCGCGUGGUAACCCCGCCGCUGCGUUAGUCCCGGAGCCGGGCCCACGACAGAGGCCUGAGGGCACAAUGGCAGCCACCGUCGGGACGCAGAGGAGGCUGGCCCGCUGGACCCUGCUGGCCGUUCUCGUGGCCGACCUGUUGGCACUGAGCGACAUGCUGGCCGUGAUGUCUGUGGACCUGGGCAGCGAGUCCAUGAAGGUGGCCAUCGUCAAACCUGGAGUCCCCAUGGAGAUUGUCUUGAACAAGGAAUCCCGGAGGAAAACCCCCGUGACCGUGACCCUGAAAGAAAAUGAGAGAUUCUUUGGAGACAGUGCAGCAAGCCUGGCCGUCAAGAAUCCAAAGGCCACGCUGCGGUACUUCCUGCAGCUCCUGGGGAAGCAGGAGGACAACCCCCACGUGGCCCUUCACAGACACCGUUUCCCGGAGCACGAGUUAGGCGUCGACCCGCAGAGGCGGACUGUGCUCUUCCAGAUUAGCCCGCAGCUGCAGUUCUCACCUGAGGAGGUUCUGGGCAUGGUUCUCAAUUACUCCCGUUGCCUGGCUGAAGAUUUUGCAGAACAGCCCAUCAAGGACGCAGUGAUCACCGUGCCAGCCUUCUUCAACCAGGCCGAGCGCCGGGCUGUGCUGCAGGCAGCUCGCAUGGCUGGCCUCAAAGUGCUGCAGCUCAUCAAUGACAACACCGCCACCGCCCUCAGCUACGGUGUCUUCCGUCGGAAAGAUAUCAACAGCACUGCCCAGAACGUCAUGUUCUAUGACAUGGGCUCGGGCAGCACCGUGUGCACCAUCGUGACCUACCAGACCGUGAAGACGAAGGAGGCCGGGGUGCAGCCGCAGCUGCAGAUCCAGGGAGUCGGGUUUGACCGCACCCUGGGGGGCCUGGAGAUGGAGCUCCGGCUGCGCGAGCACCUGGCUGGGCUUUUCAACGAACAGCGCAAGGGCCAGGGAGCGAAGGACGUGAGGGAGAACCCCCGGGCCAUGGCCAAGCUUCUACGUGAGGCUAAUCGAGUCAAAACUGUCCUGAGCGCCAAUGCUGACCACAUGGCCCAGAUCGAAGGCCUCAUGGACGACGUGGACUUCAAGGCAAAGGUGACUCGAGCGGAGUUUGAAGAGCUGUGUGCAGACCUGUUCGAGCGGGUGCCCGGGCCUGUGCAGCAGGCCCUGCAGAGUGCCAGCAUGAGCCUGGAUGAGAUCGAGCAGGUGAUCUUGGUGGGUGGGGCCACUCGGGUCCCCAAAGUUCAGGAGGUGCUGCUGAAAGCUGUGGGCAAGGAGGAGCUGGGGAAGAACAUCAAUGCGGACGAAGCCGCCGCCAUGGGGGCUGUGUACCAGGCAGCCGCGCUCAGCAAAGCCUUCAAGGUGAAGCCGUUCAUGGUGCGCGAUGCAGUGAUCUACCCCAUCCUGGUUGAGUUCACGAGGGAGGUCGAGGAGGAGCCUGGGGUCCACAGCCUGAAGCACAAUAAGCGCGUCCUCUUCUCCCGGAUGGGGCCCUACCCGCAGCGCAAAGUGAUCACCUUCAACCGCUACAGCCACGACUUCAAUUUCCACAUCAACUAUGGUGACCUGGGCUUCCUGGGGCCUGAGGAUCUCCGGGUAUUCGGCUCCCAGAAUCUGACCACAGUGAAGUUGAAAGGUGUGGGUGAGAGCUUCAGGAAGCACCCUGACUACGAGUCCAAGGGCAUCAAGGCUCACUUCAACCUGGACGAGAGUGGGGUGCUCAGCCUAGACAGGGUGGAGUCUGUGUUCGAGACGCUGGUGGAAGACAGUCCAGAAGAGGAGUCGACUCUGACCAAGCUUGGCAACACCAUCUCCAGCCUGUUUGGAGGAGGCACCACGCCAGACACCAAAGAGAACGGCACCAGCACUGUCCAGGAGGAGGAGGAGAGCCUUGCCGAGGGGAGCAAGGAUGAGCCUGGGGAGCCGGCGGAGCUCAGGGAGGAAGGCGAGGCCCCGCUGGACACCGCCCAGCCCCCACCUCCGGAGCCUAAGGGGAGUGUGGCCCCCGAGGGAGAGAAGGCCGCAGACAAAGAAAAUGGGGGGAAGCCCGAGGCCCAGAAGCCAGGUGACAAGGGGGAGGCGGGGUCUGAGGGUGUCCCCCCAGCCCCAGAGGGAGAGAAGAAGCAGAAGCCCUCCCGGAAGCAGAGGAUGGUGGAGGAGAUAGGGGUGGAGCUGGCCGUCCUGGACCUUCCCGACUUGUCCGAGGACGAGCUGACCCGCUCAGCCCAGAAACUUCAGGCCCUGACGGCGCGAGACCUGGAGAAGCAGGAGCGCGAGCAGGCCGCCAACAGCUUGGAGGCCUUCAUCUUCGAGACGCAGGACAAGCUGUACCAGCCCGAGUACCAGGAGGUGUCCACGGAGGGGCAGCGUGAGGAGAUCUCUGGGAAGCUCAGCGCUGCCUCCGCCUGGCUGGAGGACGAAGGCUUCGAGGCCACCACAGGGAUGCUGAAGGAGAAGCUGGCCGAGCUGAGGAAGCUGUGCCAAGGGCUGUUCUUUCGGGUGGAGGAGCGGAGGAAGUGGCCCGAACGCCUGUCUGCCCUCGACAGCCUCCUCAACCAUUCCAGCAUGUUCCUCAAGGGGGCCCGGCUUAUUCCAGAGAUGGACCAGAUCUUCACUGAGGUGGAAAUGACAACCCUGGAGAAAGCCAUCAACGAGACCUGGGCCUGGAAGAACGCAACGGUGGCCGAGCAGGCCAAGCUUCCCGCCACGGAGAAGCCCGUGUUGCUCUCCAAGGACAUCGAGGCCAAGAUGAUGGCGCUGGACCGGGAGGUGCAGUAUCUGCUCAGCAAGGCCAAGUUCGCCAAGCCCCGGCCCAGGCCCAAGGACAAGAACGAAACCCGGCCCGAACCUCCGCUCAAUGCCAGUGCCCAGAGCGAGAAGGUCGUCCUCCCGCCAGGCCACGCUGAAGACGCAGAGCCUGUCUCCGAGCCCGAGAAGGAGACGCCAGGGUCCGAGCCAGCAGAUGCGGAACCUCUGGAGUUAGAAGGUCCUGGCGCAGAACCUGAGCAGAAGGAGCAGCCCGCCGGACAGAAGCCAGCUCCGAGGAACGAUGAGCUGUGACCCUGCCUUCCAGCCCCCCCCGCCCUUCUCCUGCCACCUCUAUUUAUUAAACACAGGGCUGGGGCGGGGCUAGUCCUGUCCGCAGAGGCUCCAGUUCCUUCUCUCACUGGUGACUGGCGGUGUGGAUAAGGGGAAGGACGGGACACUUACCAGCUCCUUCCAGAGUAGAGCUGUGGUUACGAAGGAAAUUGUUCUGUUCCCCCAUCCCAUGCCCCGGCCCUGUACCUAUCCAGGCCCUAAAUUGGGGAAAGUCACUCUUAUGUCUUAAUUGUCUGGGCAGAUGAGAGAGUGGCCGUCGCUGGUGGGCAGGCCUGUAGUAGAAGGAUGUCCUCGUCUGACCAUUCCUGUCCCCUUUCCUCCCACGUGAAAUCCUUGUCAGAGCGCAGUGUCUCGAGUCUUGGUGGCCAGGUGUGCUUUCCGAGUGCCUGUUCACGCUCCCCUCCGAGUGUCCUUCCUUCCCUGCAGCUUGGGUGCUGGGCUCCUUUCCUCCGGGUGUCCUGGCAGGCCGUUGUGGCUCAGUAGCCUGUGCCCAGGGCCCUGUCUGCCGGGCGGAAGUAAAUCUCGGCGGUUCACCCUCACGUACGCCUGGUGGCCAGAGUAGACGGAGAGGGGGAGGGAGUGCAGCCACCUCCUCAGGAGUGAGCCUGUGAAAGCCCCGUAGCUCCCCCCUUGGACGGCCCAGGGCGGCCAUGUGGAGUGGCGGGCGUGGGGUGCCAGCAUCCUGCCAGCCCCGGCCACCUGCCUCUUCGCACAAGCCUGGUCCUCUGUGUCCCUUUGCUGCCUGCCCCUCCUCUCCUGCCGGUCUGCCCUCGGACAGCCUUUCCCUCACCCUGCACCCUGGGCUGACAAAGUGUGCUUUCUACUGUGAGUCCCUGUCCCGGCCCUCGGCAAGGAGCAUGGUGUGAAUGUGAGAACAACACGUUCGAGGCAGGCUUGUGGGGAGGAAGGGGCUGGGCUGGGCCUUGGGCCACUGACUGGCGCUGGGGAGCCUGUCCCCCAGGACUCUGUCUGGUAGGGGCCAGGGCUACACCUCAGUUCCUAUAGCAAAGGGGACCUGGUCCUGUCUGUCUGUCCCUUUUUUUUUUUUUUGCCACAUUGGCAGAAAUGAGACCUGAGGGUCCCCCCGUCCUGUAUGUCUGAGUUCUUUCAAUAGCAUUUGAGACUGGUUGGGCAGGUCUGACUUAAAUUGUA